AUCAUCAAAUUUGUCUUUACAGUACAACACAUUCUUCACAUACUACAUUUAUUUAAAAAAACAAACCUCAGAUUAUUGUGUUUUUAUGGCUUAAGGUGUAUGUUUUCAUGUUUUUCCAAUGCAUUUCAUCAAGCUUGUGUAUCAAGAUAUAGAAUAUGGAUCACUCUUCACCAUUCAUUGUAUUCUAUCAUUUAUGUGUACUAUGUUUUUGUGUGUAUGCGGUUUCAUCUGAUGUUUUGUAGACUAUCCAAGUUGUUGUUUCAGUGGGCACGGAAUACAAACAUCCACAGGAAAGCAGGCAACUGUCGUCUCAAAAUGGUCAUGCUUGGUGCCAGAGAAAAGGGCAAAGCUCACAAGAACAAAUCAUCCAAACAAGGUUAUGUGAGAAUACAUCAGCCACUAUGUACAUCUUCUGGCCAUUGCAAACCACUCCACAAAGAUGUCAGUGAAUCAUCCAGAAUUUCUUCCAACUGUUCCAAGCCGUCUACCACUUCCUCCAUGUCCUCCGCUUCCUUUCCACCAAACCUGAACGGCGCUGACAUCAACAUCCGAGAGGCAUCAGCUACAUCUCGAGAGAAGCAACGGCGCGAAGAGGCUUCAGAGCUGUAUUUGCGAGACCUGGCUUCCCAAAUGGUUCAACAGGUGGUUGAUGAUGCUGUCUUCAUUUUGACUGCACGGACCCAGGACAAAACAAAUGACCUCACAAGCAGUUCCAGCAAAGAUAAAAAAUGCAAGUGUAUAGCUUGCCAAUGUCCACUUGAUGAGAACAUUAAAGAACCGUGUGAAGAAUGCCAAAAAUGGAGUCGGGGCAUUGAAAUAAUUGAUGAUGAUGAUGAUGAGAGAAAAAUGUCUGAGGGGAGUUCAGAUUUCGAAACGCCUCCGGGUGUUUGCUGCCAGGGUACCUGUCACCUAGGCAACCAACCAGGCAUGGAUGACUUUAAGAAGUUUUUGUGUGGCACAUCAGGAGGCAAGUUGUUCAAUUUCUGGAUGGACAUCGAGAGACUGAAAACUGUAACCGGAGAGAGGGAGAACAGCUUUUUGGCUUUAAUGAGGAGCCGCUACCUGCUAAGCAGCAGUCAGAACAGUCUGCACUUGCAGCUCCUCUGCAGGUUGGGGCUGACUACCUCCCCCUGCUGGUCAAAGGCAAGACUGUGCUCCAUCCAGCCCAACAUCAUGGAGUCAAUCGCCUCUUACUGGGUUCCUCGUUACUGGACAUCCCAGCAUGUCCAAAUAGACCUUGAUUAUUCUGACAUGCAGCCAUACAGAGAGUGGUAUGCUUGCCCUCAUUUGACCUCAAUGACCCCUCGUUCCUUUUAUCUUGAACCCUGGCUUCCAGAUCACUACCAUCCAUGGGUAAGAGAAUUAAGAUAUGAUAUGACAGCAGGCUGUGGUUGUGCGAUUUGAUGUUCUCGUCACAGAAAUGUUAACUUAAAUGUUACAACGAGUCACUUUUAUGAGCAGCCUCGGCCAAGCAGAAGUCAAUCUCUAGGCCGCACAAGACUGGAUAAUGUUUUGCAAGCAUUAUUUGCCGACCCCGAUGCUGGCUCGUACUUCGCUCAUUUCUGUGAACAGUCUGGAAAUCAGGUAGAAUUUAUAAUAUGGGUUGACACCCCAAAGAGUGGAUUGCUACAUGUUUACAUAUCACCUUUAUUUGAAUCCUACCAAUCUCCCAUGUCUGUUUGUGAGCAAUAUUUCUUUUGCUCCUUUGAUUGCUUCCUCAAAGUUAUGGGAGAAUGCAAUUUAUUUUUGGACUGACCUCCAGCAUUAUCAUGAGCUCUUCUACCAGGACGGAUUGGAUCCCUACAGAGUGCAGAAAGUAGCUCAGCUUCUCUAUGCCACAUACCUUCAUAGCUCUGCCAGCAGGAGCGUGGGCAUGAAGGAGGAGAUCAAGGAGGAGGUGUACAACCAGCUGAUGCCUGCCUUUGAGGAGCUCUUUGAUAACGUUGAGGACGGCAUCUUGAACAUCCUCAUGGAGGCUUGGACAGCGCUUGUUGACCGGGACAAAAAAUCUUUCCGGCAGGUAUGUUUGUACGAGGAUGUACGCUGUGUCAACACUUGGCACUCUGAGGAGCUCCAGGGCUUGUAUGCAGCAUCGAAACAAAACAUCAACCAGGUGCAGCAGUGUAUGACAUCUCCAUCUAAUACUUCACCCAGGCUCUUCUGUCAGGCCUUUGACUCUUGGUCCAAUGUGCCUCCACAGUACCGAGGUUACGGCUUAGGCUCCUUACUUCGCCACCAUCAUGCGAUCUGGCACUUUAUGUCAUUCCUUCGAAAUAAAGAUGCCAGUAUCCACUUAGAAUGCUGGAUGGACCUGGAGCAGUACAGGAGAACUCCGCAGAAGAACACGGCAUUGAGACAGGGCAGAUCUUCUCGCAUUACAAAAAAAUAUCUCAACAGAAACUACUUCUUCAGCUCCCACAGUCCUGCCACUGAAGAGCAGCAGAAUAACAUAUUGCACCUGGCAGGUGGACUGGGGCUUCUGAAACUCGAGUGUCUCUCAGAGCCAGUUACUGUGGAGAUCCAGGACAUCAUCAGAUGUCACAUUGAGAAAAAAUGGCUGCCUCAGUUUCUGGUCUCAGCAGAGUUCCUUGAGCGACGGAGACGCAAACCGAAGAACAAGUCUCGACGACAAAAGACAAGAGAUGAAGGCUGGAAGACUCAGGACUUGUGGACGAGUUCCUCCAAGGAGAUCCUUCUUUUUCGACGGCUUCUUCUUGACCCAGCCUCCUGUUUGCACUUCCAGCACUUUGUUUCGCCAAAGGGUGACUUCCUGGAGAAUGAUGUGCUCUUUUGGCUGGAGGUGCAGAGGUACAAGGACCUGUGUCAUUCUCAUAGUGACGAGGCCACAGUUCAGCAGAAGAUCUCCACAAUCAUCAAGUGUUUCAUCAACUCAUCCACACCUCCAGCCCUGCAGAUAGACAUCCCUCUGGAACAGGCGCAGCACAUUAUGCAGAACCGACACGAACUGGGUCCUUAUGUCUUCAGAGAGGCACAGAUGUCGGUGUUCAGUGAAUUGCUCAGGUUUUGGCCCAAGUUUCAGGAGCUUAGGAGCAGUGUACAUGAAGGUCGGUUACUGGAAAUGCUUCAGGGCGAACGAGCUAAACACAAAGCCAGAGUGCGGAGACGAAGGAGGAAAGAGGAGGAAGAAAACGAGAGGAGAGCUCAGGAAGAUUCAAGACGGCCAGCUUACAAUUCAAGUGAAGAUGAAUAUGAUGAGGGAGUAGAAAAAAGAAGAGGUGGAAAUCGAGCGUCAAAGACGCCGAGUGGCCUGAUGCCGUACGCUCCAAAGCCAUUGUCGUGGUCUUACUCCAAAUACAUGACAGCUCUGAAGAGAGACAAGGCGCUGCCAAAGAGACAAAGUCAGAAAGAAGCAUCAUUAUCCACAUACUCAGCAGUGUCCUCUGAUGGCAGUGUGAGAUCAACAGGAGAUAAGCAUGACCGCCAGCAGUCCUCACGGCGCUUCUCUAAAUCACACACUAAAUAAUGCCAAUGAUGUGACAGGAAGCACAAAUGUCAUUUUUCAAACAUAGGCUGCUGUGUUGACCCAAAUGCAGAGUAAGGAGAGAGGGGGCACACCUGUCGCAUAUACGCGCACCACCGUCCAGCGGCUGUAUGUGUGUCCUUACUGCAUUUCGAUGACAGCCCAAUGUCGACAUUAUGUUAAUUGGUAAAUAAAUAAAUAAAUAAAAAGGCUUGUAAAUCCUAAGAUAAUGACAAUUCAGUGGAAUUGUAAUUAAUUUUUGUCACAUAGGAUCAAUUGGAUUCUGCUUCUUCUGGUGUGCCUGCCUUGGCCACAGGGGGUCACUGUAAGACAGGUGGAUAUGCUGCCCGAGUCCCACUCCCAGCUCAUUAGUACGGCACAAUUAGUAGCUGUGCUACACAAAAGGAUCAAGGGUAUACAUGAAGGUGGCUACUGUUGUGAUAAGUACACUUGUUGCUGCACCGUGAGCUUUCUUUUCUGCCUGUUGCUUACUGAAUUAAAGCAUCAAAGGAUGCUAAUUUGCGUAUGCGUUAAACUUGUGAAGUGAAAUGCUCAAUAAAGGUUCAAUUCACAAAGUGUAAUCCUUUUUUGCUUCAUUUUUUUAUAUUUAGUUUGACAGUGAACUU